AUGCCACCUCCGUAUCGACAACCUUCGCAAGUAGGCGCCACAGCAGCGACAAAACGUCCUUUCAAGCCCCCAGCCAUCUCAAAAGGCAGCGCAACCUCUUCCUCCAGUGCCAACGCUCCUGCCCGACCAGCGCCUGCGGCCUCCAAACCUAUAGCGCGAGCUCUCUCUGCCACAAGACCUCAAUCAUGGAAUACAAACAACACCUCAGGCUUCCAAUCUGCCGGCGCACACUACGAUCAAGACGACCUUGAAGCCUUGAUCAUCUCCGACGAAGAUGAAGACGAAGACAAUGACCAUUUCACCGCUGCUGCUACCGCAAAGAGAGCACCUCCUCCACCCACAACCCACGAACCGCCAGCAGCCAAACGCCAAAAAACCGCGCCACCUGCGCGAUUACCCUCUCUAUCUCCUCUGUCCUCCGCCCUCCAACCCGCCCCUGCAGCACCGCCGCAGCACCCUGCCUCAGCGAUCGGCAGCAAAAAAGACGACAUACCACUCCUCCCCUCAGCGCUAAUAACCCGUCUACUCCACGAGAGUUUCGAAGACAAGAGCACAAAAAUAGGCAAAGACGCCAAUGCAUUGACGGCGAGAUAUUUGGAUCUGUUCGUCAGGGAGGCCGUGGCUAGAGCUACCGAAGUCGCAAAGGAGAGAAAAGAGAUGAGGGAGGCUGGGGGCGACAAGGUGGAUGAUGGGGUGUGGUUGGAUGUGCAAGAUCUUGAGGAGGUCGCGCCGGGGUUGGUGAUGGAUUUUUGA